AACUUUAACCAUUAAAGGAAGAAUAGUAUUUAUUAAAACCCUUGAAUAGUAUAAAUUAAUACGAAAUAGCUAUAAUGGGGCCUGCUGGAGUAGGUAAAUCAUGUAUAACAAAUAAAUUUGUUCGAGGAAUAUUUGUAGAAGAGUAUAAUAAUACGUUAGAGGAUAACUAAAGAUAUAAUUAUGAAUAUGAAGGCCAUUUGUAUUUAUUAGAUAUAUUAGAUACUGCUGGAGAAGAUGAUUUUGUAGCAUUAAGAACUAGAUGGUUAACAUAAAGAUAGUGUUUUAUAUUCGUAUAUUCUGUAACGGAUCGUAAUUAAUUUAAAGAAAUAGAAAAUUUUUUCAUCUUAUAUGACAAAUUAUAUCCUAAAAGGGAAAAAUCAGUAAUUUUAUGUGCAAAUAAAAUUGAUUUAUAAUACAAAAGAGAAAUAAAUUAAGAAGAAGGAUAAAAUUUAGCGAAAAAAUAUGGGGUAAAAUAUUUUGAAGUGAGUGCAAAAACAGGAUAAAAUAUAGAAGAAGCAUUUAGAGAAUUAAUAAAUUUAAUGUAAUAAAAAAACGUAAAAAAAAUUAAGAUGGAAAAACAGAUUUAUAAAUUAAAGAUUAAAAAUAGAGUUUUUUAAGCUUUUUUUUAGUUUUUUUAAUAAAUGUUGUAAAUGAUAUUUUCUUUUUAUUUUUAAUUAUUUAAUUUUAUUUUUGUAUUAUAUAUAUAUUAAUAUAUAGGAUUUUUUUUUUAUUUUAUUUUUAGAAUUUCAUUUGUUUCUAUUUUUAAGUAUAGAAUUUCUUGA